GCCUAUUCUUCUGAUUCUCCGCGUAUCUGCUUUCCUGAAAACAGCCUCGUCUCUCUGAUUGUUUGCACUUUAACUUCAUCUCUGACUUUCUUUUCUCACGUCAUUGAGUUGUAGUACUAUGGGCGGAUCAUCGGUCGCCGGAAAACCUGAACCAUCGAGCCCGGAAAGCAAAUCCCAGCCACAUUUCUUCAAAGUUAUUGUGCACCCUCUUGAUCAAGGCUUGGGUCUACCCGAUUCGUUUUUGCAGAGGUAUGGUCAUACCCUGCAGAAGCUCGCUACUUUGAAGCUCCCAAAUGGAACUCAAUGGGAAGUAGAGCUUUGUUAUGACAAUGGUGGGAUUCUGAUACGAAACGGAUUAAAAGAAUUUGGAGAAUUUUACUCCAUAGAGAAAAAUCAUUUCUUGGUUUUCAGGUAUGAGGGCAAAUCUCAGUUUCACGUUAUCAUUUUCGACUCAUCCGCUUUGGAGAUCAAUUACCCGGUGAGAAGCAUCCACCAUUAUGAUGGCGACGGAGAAAUUGAUGCUCCGGCCAGGAGGCAAGUUAACUGCAGAAACGGUAGUACUUCGGGGGAAAUUGCCGAAAAUAUGAUCAAGGGGAAGUGGAUUGAAGUUGGUGAUUCUGCUGUUCAAAUGCUGGAAGGAGAUUGUGAUGAACAGAUUGACAAAAAUGAAAAUCCAGAUCUGGGUUUGUCAUCGGGUUUGAUUAAUCGUCGCCGUCGGUUAAGACAGAGAAUCUCCGGUGAAGGAACGUCAAAAUUUCCUCUUCAAUCUUCAAGGUCCUACUCAAAGGCUGUGACGAAAGCAGCUAAAAUUGCGGUUAAUCGAAAAGCAACUAAUCCGAACUAUCCAUCCUUUUCUUUAUCGGUGGUUCCAUCUCAAAUUGUUCAUCCUCACGUUGUUUGUGUGCCAAUUAACUUUGCGAAAGAGAACUUUGGUGGAGACUGUAAAAGAAAGUAUAAGAUUCGUCUACCAAAUAGUGGAAAAACGUGGCCAGUGCGGCUUUCUGUGAAAGGAAGGCGUGCUCAUAUCCACGGAACUGGCUGGAGGAGCUUCGCAAUGGAGAAUCGGCUCAAGGUUGGGGAGUUCUGUACCUUCGAAUUGGUGAAGAAACGAAGAUUCUUCAACUUCGAACGAAGGGAUUAAAAAAUUGUGGGCGAAUAGUGAGUCCUUUUGAUUGUCCCCUGCUAUGUGUAAAAGUCCAAUGAUCGGCCGUUUGCAUGAUUCCAGUUUAGAAUGCAGUUGGGGUUUCUAGUUAGGACUAAAUAUGGUCUUUUUUGGCAAAAUCUGACGUAGCUAUUGUUGUAAUUUGGUCAGAUUUUGAAUAUGAAGUAACAUGGGAAAUGCAGUAAGUUACUAUGGUGUGUUUCAGAGAGAAAAUGCUUUAGCCUUGCCUCAUUUUCAAAAUCUGUGUUGGUGAAGGAAGUAGCAUCUCUGUUGUUGGUAGAUAAACUCGGACUUCCGGAGUUGUUGCAGACCCAAAAAGAAAAUGUUGUCUCAUUUCUUCGU